AUGGCUGACGAAGCUAGAAGCACCGAAGAGCAACCGAACGCUGAGGAACUACUGGUUGAAAGAGCGAAACGGAAGCGGCGGACAAUACGGAGUUCCACAACGAAGGUGCUGAACCAGAUUGACGGUGAAGUAUCAAAGGAAGACCCGGACAUUAACCGUGUGCGAGAGAUGUUAGCCGUGUUGUCGGCGAAAGAGGACAGUUUGCGCGAGCUGGACCGCAUAGCGGAGGAAUACACGCCGCUGGACGCCAUGGAUGCGGAGAUUGAACUCGCAGAGGAAUACAGAGACCGUAUCAUCGAGAUGAAGGCGCGGGCUCACCAAGUAAUCCGUGCACAGGAGACUGUGAGUAAAGAGGACCCCCGACCUGCUCGGCUAAGUGACGUUAGCGCAAGCACCGCUGGCUCUCAGCGCAGCAACCCGACCGUACGACUGCCGAAACUUAUGAUUGAGAAAUUCAACGGAGACGUAAGUUUAUGGCAGGAGUUUUGGAGUCAGUAUGAGACUGCUAUUCACAACAAUGAGGCUCUCUGCAGUAAAGAAAAGUUUACCUACCUGAAAACUUACCUCACUGGAACGGCUGCAAAGGCAGUAGCAGGGCUCACACUGACAGACAGUAACUAUAAUGCUGCAGUUGAUAUACUUCAAAGCAGAUUCGGAAGGAAGGAUCUUAUUGUAAAUGCCCACAUGUCAAAGCUUUUGAAUCUCACUCCUGUAAAGAAGUCAUCCGAUGUCAGUGCGCUGAGGCAGUUAUAUGAUGACUGUGAAAUUCAAAUCAGAAGCCUAGAGUCACUGGGAGUAGUAUCAGACACGUAUGGAGGCAUGUUAUGUCCAAUAAUCCUCCAAAUGCUGCCAGAGGACAUGGCUCUUGAAUACAGCCGACAGAGAGGAGAACAGGAUGAGUGGAAGGUGCCAGAUGUGCUAAAGUUUCUGCAGAGAGAGGUAAACAGCCGAGAGAGAGCUUUACAAAUGACCAGAUCAUACAACCAGAGAGAGAAUCAGUCUGCUCACAAAACAUGCAGCAAAUCAUAUUCAACCUGUGAUGUGAAACUAAGGAAACCAAGCAUGACAUCUGCAGCUACACUACACGCUGCCAAUGAGAAGACACAAAACUGCCUGUUCUGUGAGCGUGCUGAACACAAAUCUGAAAGCUGCCCAGACCACCAGGUGGCAGCACGUAAAGAAAGGCUGAAGAAACUUGGCAGGUGUUUUAUCUGUUUGGGACCCAAACACAUUGCAAGGUUCUGCAGGUUAAAGGGCAUGUCAUGUGCCACAUGUGGAGGCAGGCAUCAUGUGGCCAUCUGUGAGAAAAAUGAGGCUUCCCCGCCUGUUGUUUCUGCCAACAUGGACACUGUCAUUUCCUCUGUAAUUCCCCAAACAAAAAGGGGCAAAACUGAAACUGAGAACACUGUGCUGCUACAAACCGCCAAGGCAUGGGUGGUAGGUCCCACAAGCAGGAACAUUGUUCGCUGCUUGCUGGAUGGAGGCAGCCAGGGAAGCUUUGUGCAUGAAAAUGUGGUGAGGGCGCUGCAGCUACCUAUUACCAGACAAGGGACGCUUACCCUCCACACAUUUGGCUCCACUGCUCCCACAACGGUGAAGCGUAACAUAGUGAAGCUCAGCUUGGAAAAUGUUUGGGAUGGACAGCAAAGAAUUGAAAUAGAAGCAGUUGUGACCCCCAAUGUGUGUACAGCAUUGAUGAAAGUUCCUGGUGAACACAUUCAGAACGAAAUGAGAAGAAAAGGGCUUCAACUCGCAGACUUCGCUGGUGGAGGUGAUGAAACUGAACUUUCUGUGCUAAUUGGCUCAGAUUACUACUGGCAGAUCGUAUCAGGCCGAGUAGAAAGACUGACAGAGAGCCUGGUGGCGCUUGAGAGCACCUUUGGAUGGGCAGUACAGGGCCCAGUGGCCAUGUCCAGCAUAACAGAGACAACAUGCAUGCAUAUUCAGCUCAGCAAGGAUGCACAGAUGGACAAACAGCUGCAUGCAUUUUGGGAGCUUGAGUCCCUGGGUAUCACAAGCGAGAAAUCUGAGAAUCCAGAUGAUGUGGAAGCAUUGCAGCGGUUUGAAGAAACCUCCAUCUUUAAGGAUGGGCGUUAUCAAGUGGAGUUGCCAUGGCGACAGACUCAUCCUCCACUUCAAGACAAUUACCGCAUUGCAAAAAGGCGUCUUGAGAGUUUGAAAAGGAAACUACAAAGGGAUGUUACGCUCUACAGCAGAUACAAUGAUGUGGUGGAGGACUACUUAACACAAGGAAUGGCUGAAGAUGUCCCUAAGGAGUGUACACCACCACCAAGCAGUCGGAUUUACUACUUACCCCACCAUGCUGUACUGAGGGAGGAUAAGGUGACAACGAAAUUGCGAGUUGUCUUUGAUGCUUCAUCCCACGAAGAUGGCAGUCCCUCACUAAAUGACUGUCUCUUAACAGGUCCCAAUUUGAAUCCAGAUCUGAUGAGUGUUUUGAUCAAGUUUAGACUGCAUGAAAUUGCAUACAUGGCAGACAUUAAGAAGGCAUUUUUACAGAUUUCACUCUCAGAAGUAGACAGGGACUCUGUAAGAUUUCUGUGGUUCACAGGCCCACCAACGGAGGAUAAUCUGCGUGUCCUCAGGAUGACAAGAGUGGUGUUUGGAGCUUCAUCCAGCCCAUUUUUACUGGCUGCCACCAUUAGGAAGCACCUGAGACAAUAUGAGGGUAAACACCCAGAAGUGAUAGACAUUGUCCGUUCCUCACUUUAUGUGGAUGACUUUAUCUCAAGUGCAAAGGAGGUGGCAGAAGCUCAGGCAGUGACAACAACAGUCAAAAAUAUUAUGUCUGCGGCAGGCAUGGAGCUGUGUAAAUGGAUGACGAACUCUCCUGAGCUUAGAGAAAAAUGGCAGGAGAUCUCGUUGGAUUGCACUGCACAGCCAGAAACACACGGGUCGGUCCUGAAGGUUCUAGGCCUGGUGUGGAGACCUGCCACUGAUGAUUUUGUGUUCGACCUCAGAGGGCUGCUUGACAUUCUGAAGGUGAGAGAAAACACUAAAAGAAGUGUUCUGCAGUCUUCCGCUCGCAUUUUUGACCCUCUUGGAUUCUUGACCCCUUUCACAAUCAGGAUAAAAUGUUUAUUCCAAGAGAUGUGGGAGAGGGGACUCAGAUGGGAUGAGGAGCUGCCGCCCGAUUUGACUAAGAAGUGGCAACAGUGGUGUUCGGAGCUCCCCCAACUGCACCAGCUGUCAAUCCCACGUUGGUAUAGAACACACACACAACAGCCAAAUGGUCAGGAUCUAAAGCUGCAUGUGUUUUGUGAUGCAAGUGAAAGGGCUUACAGUGCAGUUGCUUAUCUUCAGGGAGAAACGAGUGACGGAAAAGUGACCACAAGCCUCGUUGCAUCCAAGUCCAGAGUGGCUCCACUGAAAAGAAUGACGUUGCCACGGCUGGAGCUGAUGGGAGCUGUAAUAGCAGCCAGGCUGGGGAGCACCCUCAAGGAAACACUGCGGCUUGACAAGGCCCAGGUGAGACUAUGGACAGACUCAAUGAUAGUGCUACACUGGAUUCGCAGUUCUGCUCACAAGUGGAAACAGUUUGUAGCAAAUCGAGUGACAGAAAUUCAGACUCUAACAGAUCCACAGUCAUGGUCUCACUGUAAGGGAAAAACAAAUCCAGCUGACCUUCCCACUAGAGGUCUAACAGUACAGGACUUGAAGCAGAGCACACUGUGGUGGAAUGGUCCUUGUGCUUUGAUAUCACCUGAUCAGUUAGAGAGCAGUCAGGAAGACAUUCAGGAAGAUGAGGUAAAGUCUGAGCUGAGAUCCAAAUAUCAGCUUGUUGUACAACUUGUUAAUCAAGACACAAACUUCUUAAAACCUCCUUUGUGUCUAGAGAAGUACAGUAGACUGAAAACCGUGCUCCGAGUGACGGCUUGGAUGAAAAGGUUUAUCGCUAACGCCCGCUCAACUACAAAAAUGAGUGGUGAACUGACAGCAGAAGAGCUGCAUGAAGCAGGAAAAUAUUGGAUAAAGGUUAUUCAGAACCAGAGUUUCAGCUCCGAAAUUCAAUCGCUCAAAACAGGAAAAUGCACACAUGCAGACUCCAGAAUCCGACAGCUGAAACCCUUUCUGGACCAAGAUGAGCUGCUCAGUGUAGGAGGAAGGCUCCAGCAUUCCGACUUCUCUUACAGAGAAAAACACCCAUGGAUUUUGCCCAGCAAUCACAGAUAUACCGAAAUGCUGGUACAUUAUCAACAUGAGAAGGUAAUGCAUGCAGGGGUGCGAGACACUUUAGUGCAAACGAGAGAACAGUUUUGGAUUUUGAGAGCACGGCAAGUAGUUAAGAAGGUGGUGUCAAGAUGUGUAUUUUGCAAAAGGUUCAAAGCAAAGGCUGGGCAACAGACAACAGCACCGCUGCCCAAGGACAGAAUAACUGAGUCACCACCAUUUGAGAUCACAGGUGUGGACUUCGCAGGGCCACUCUAUGUGAAGACACAGAACUCCAUGACCAAGGCGUACAUAGCGCUGUUCACUUGCGCUGUAACCAGAGCUGUGCAUUUAGAACUGGUCUCAGACCUAUCAACAGAGAACUUUCUGCUGGCACUGAAAAGGUUUGUCUCAAGAAGAGGAUUAUGCAAGGUGAUCUAUUCAGAUAAUGCCAAAACAUUCAAGAGAGCUGAUCAGGAUCUGAAGGAACUCUGGAAAGGCAUCAAAGAUCCACAGCUACAAGAAUUUUUCUCAGAGAAGGGCAUCACCUGGCGGUUCAUCGCUGAAAGAGCAGCCUGGUGGGGGGGAUUCUGGGAAAGGCUUGUAAGGUCAGUCAAAGUAAUUCUUAGGAAGGUGCUUGGCAGAGCUAAACUUGGCUUUGAAGAAGUGUGCACCAUUCUAGCUGAAGCUGAAGCCAUAAUAAACUCGAGGCCACUCACUUACGUGCACAAUGACGUGGAUGAACCACAGCCGCUGACACCUUCUCACUUCUUGGUGGGUCAGAGACUGACUUGUUUACCCCCAAAGCCAUUUCCAGCUGAAACAAUCCAUCCAACAGCAAAUAAGGAGGAGAUGACACGGAGGUGGCGCUACAGGCAGAGACUUAUGACCAACUUCUGGAACAGAUGGCGAAAAGAAUAUUUACUGGACUUGAAGUCAGCCCAUCGCUGCGACUCCCAGCAGCCCUCUCUGCUGAAGGUGGGAGACGUUGUGCUAAUCGGAGAGGAUAAUCUACCAAGACAGAGCUGGAAAAUGGGGCGAAUUCAAGAACUCUUCCCAGGACGUGAUGGUCUUGUCAGGUCAUGUGCUGUUCGAACAUGUUCAGGCGCCCUUCUGCGGAGACCAGUUCAGUUGCUGUAUUCUUUGGAAAUUUAGAUAAACUGUAGUUUAUCGGGGGGGAGGAUGUUGUGAAUUUAUUUGUUGAGGACUUAUUAUUUCAUAACCUUUGAAUGAUAAGUUAAUGAGUUAAAAAUAUAAGUUAACGUUAAUGUUGAUAACACAGUUCAUGUUUGAAACCGUGGUUAAAUUUGGGACUGCAUUUAUUUGUAGUUGUAUUGAAGUGGACUCUAUUACCCAGGAUG